UAAUGGUUUCUAAUACGACCCUGCAUGUGACGCCAUCGCAGUUUUCGAGAGUACGAAAACAUUUUCAUUGAUAGCGGUUUUCUUGUUGCAUGUAAUUGAUUUUUGCCGUGUGAUUUUUUUUCGGUUAAAAACACGUUGUUGAUUAAGAAGUCUAACUAGAAAGUUCAAUUGAAUAAACAGUAUCGAUAGCAUCGUUGUUAUUGCGCCAUUCGUUUGGCUCUUAUGUACGUUAUAUACGUUAGUGUCGAAAUUAGUAUUCGGAAGAUAAAUUGUCAUCGAGCAAGCGGUCACUGAUGGAAAGUAUUUCAAAAUCUGUAACGAUGAGCGACGAUCAGACAAACGAGCAGAGUUCGACUACAGAGUUAUCAUCGAGUGAUAUAGAAAAAUUGGAAGAAGCAAAGUUAAGAGCAAAAUUUCCAAAUGCAACUGGUCGACCAUUUGGUGGCCAUUCUGCAUUUCUGCAAAAAAGAUUAGCCAAAGGGCAAAAAUAUUUUGAUUCCGGGGAUUAUCAAAUGGCAAAACAAAAAUCCACAGCUAAGCCAAAGCCAACUGGCGUUCUGCCAACAGGAGAUGCUAUACCAACACCAGAAACAGUACCACAGCGAAAAACAUCUAUUAUCCAACAAAAAUUCAAUACAUCGACAACGUCUUCAUAAGAUAUUCCUGGUACUUCUUAAAUUACAUUUUGUUAAUUAGUCUUAUAUCUAGAUGAAUAAUAUGGUACAAUUAUUUAUAAUCAGAUUUAAACAACUUUGUAUUUGGAAUUGUUUUUUUUUAAUCUUUUAAAGAUAAAACAUUUUAUAGUAUCGUAAAGUUUAUAAAUUUGUAGCAAGUCAACUAUUUUCUAACUGCUUCUUUUAAAAGAACAUAUUGUUAAAUACCAUAUUAUUAAAAGAUAUUAAAUAAUGUUUUGUAUGUACGUGCCAUGGGUGGUAUAUGAAGUUUUAUGAUGCGUGUGAGUAGACAAGUCACUACCUGUCAGCUUGAAAAGUUUAUAUUCUUAUUAAAAAUUAUUUUGCAGUUUUAUUCAGGAUAUCAGUUUGAUUUACAGUGAAAAAAAUACAGGUUUACACAGAAUUGCAUAUGUAUUCAGAUUAUAUUGUUAGCUAAUAAAUGCAUGCACAUAUGUAAAAAUUUAUAUUGAAAAUGUGAGAAAACAAAUGAACAUUAACUCUAACAAUAGAACUUAAUAAUGUAAACAUAAUAACUGGAAUAUAACCCAAGUGCACGAUAAGAUUGAGAGUAAGAAGAAAUACAGAUCUGCAUUUUUCCAAGCAAAGCUGCUGUGAUGCGCUUAGUAAGACUAUUUUCUUAUGAAAAAUCGUAAUGACUAUGGGAAAAAUCUGUAGUAUGAACGUAAUAAUUUUAAAUGUAACUACAGUUUUGCUUAUUGUAAACUAUAUUUAGUAAUAUAUUGCAAUUUGAAAUCUUUA